UUUUUGUGUUUGUAAAGUCUUUGAAUUCCGAAGGGUAUUUGAAUUGAAAAGUGUCUGAGGACAUUGUUCGUUUGUUCACAGGGGAUAAAAAGAACUUUUCAGUGUUCUGGCUGUCACUUUAAGGGGGGGGCAUUUCAGACAAAUUGCCCAGUCCCCCGUGUCUUGCUCAGACAGCUCCAGUGUGUGUGUGUGUGUGUGUGUGUGUAUGUGUGUGAGUGAGAGAUCAGGGGGUUUGAGCUGAGAAUAAAAGCGAGCUUCGUGGAGACAGAGCCAGAAGUGUCCAGUUAUUAGCAUGCCGGUCUGGUCACUGUGGCCCUGCUGCCUUUCUGCUUUAACAGUCAACACCGUAGGCCUGCUGUUGACUGGCUGCACCGCUCACAAUCCUACAGGAGAAACGUCAACAAAGAUGUAAAUUUAAACCACGAACAUCACGAGGGAGAAACACCUGCAAUUUAAAAGGAUGACAUGUUUGCUUUGAAGCAACAGUGAGAGGGAAAAGAGCAGCGACCUUUUAUAGGUUUGAAACAGCGCUUUUAUAAAUCUUAAGCUUUGGGAACAGACUUGGCAGAUUUCCUCGCAUCUCUCCUAACUAGGCCGUAUCCUGGCUACUACUGUGGCUUGGUGACCGUCAAAAGGAAACAAGACUUUCUUGGAAACAAAAGUAACACUUGAAACUUCCACAUCUCUCAGUCCUCAGCAUUCGUGACCAGUGUAGAAGGGAUCUUUGUCCUCCCAAACGACAUCAGAGAGGGGUUUACAGGAUCAUAAAACCCACAGCUUUGCCUUCAAGAUGUUGAACCUCAACUCGCCGGACGAUAACAGCAACAGGAACUCUCUCCAGGACCCGGUGUCACUAAAUGUCGGUGGAGAAAUUUACACGACAACCUUGGACACUCUAACGCGCUGCCGUGACUCGAUGCUAGGUGCCAUGUUCACUGGACAAAUCCCUGUGCUCAGGGACGGCCAGGGAAACGUUUUCAUAGACCGUGAUGGUAAAGUUUUCAGGUACAUUCUGAACUACCUGCGCUCCAGCUCCCUGGACUUGCCUGAAGGCUUUUCUGAGCUCGCCCUGCUGCGGAGAGAGGCAGAUUUUUUCCAGAUACACCCCCUGCUGGAGGAAAUCCAUCGCUGCGAGGCGGCAGUGCCACUCAGCUGUAGAGGAGGGCCACUCGGAGCCAUGCUUAUCCUAAACGUUGACUCCAAGGUCCGCGUCCUCCACUUUAACUUGCGGCAUGGGCCAGAAAACUACGAGCUCCGUACAUGCUCCGUACAAGCCUUCACGGUCGACCUCUUUUGUACUUGGAGAGCCUUCCUGGCUCUGCUCUGUGAGCGCUUCUCCUACAGAUCAUCCCAGGGUCACAGUAGCCCUCAUCCAUGCAACUCCAGGCAGAACAGGCUGAAGUUGGAAUGGGUGCCAAGACCUGACGAACUCCCGCAGGACCAAUACGACAAGCAGCACUACAGAGGACUGACUGUCUUUAACACUGACGUCACGCAGUCAGAUGACAUCAUGAAUGUGCACCAAAGCCAAUGUGAAAUCACCGACAUGCAGGGUUUUGUGGAAGAAUUGCUGAAGGUGUCUCUGGCUGAAGGGUUCAAGGUUGAUCUAGUGACUCCGGACCCAGCGGAAAUCCUGAACUGCACCUCACUUCGGCUCGUCAAGUGCUGAACUUACUGAAAGCACCAGAACACGCCGAGGAAAACUAUCGAUGUUUGUCUCUAGCCACAACUGUAACCCAUUACCCCUAAGAUUUAAAUUGUUAAAACAAAUCUUGUAUGAGUUAAAGUUAGGGUUAACUUUGUAAUAUGGACAUCACAGGGAUACAGAUUAUGACUGAGAGGUCAUUAAAAGGCUUUUUCUUGGGACCCCUGUGUGUUUUUUUAGUAAAAAUAAUAAAUUGUGUUAGAUUAUAGAUGAUUUUGACUGACCCUUCACGCUGUGAACAUAUUAUAUGGUAUAUGUAACAUUGAAUGUAACCUUUAGACAUUAAAUCUAAAACACUGCUGGCUUUGUUGAUCUAUCAAAGUGAUUUAGACAGAUAGGUGAAGCUUUUUGGUAAUCAAGCAUA